AUAAAUCCCUGGAAGCUAGAUCAUUGAUUGAACUUCUGUAUGCUCCAUUAACAUUGAUUGGCUUACUUUUAGUGUAUGGAUGGACACGUAUUUCACGCUGACAGAAUAUGACUGAUCUUCAAGCUUCCUUGGAGUUUUCAGUGGAACUGACCAAGUUCUAUAAUGUGGACUUGUUUCAGAGAGGGUACUAUCAAGUAAGAGCAUAUCUCAAAGUUCCACCCAAAUCUCCCAUCAGAGUUGAGCUAAAGGCACCAAGAGGACAUGAACUGACAGCGGCAUCCAGUGACUCCUGCUUAUUGCCUGCAUCAUGCACUAAUGGAGUUGCCAAAAGUAAGGUGUUCCAGAUUCUGUACAGAAAUGAGGAUAUCACACUCAAUGAUGCUUUCCUGUUCAAAGUCAACAUGCUGGCUGACAGCAAUAAGAUUGAAGAGGCAAUUAACAAGACUGAUCUUCAAUUAGGAGUAGAUUUGUACUUCACAGAUGAAGAGUUUGGCUCAGAUGAACAAGACAAGUUACAAUGUGUCAGUCAGCGGAGCCUCAAGUUACAUUUUGAAUCAGCCAAAGGCAUUCACCACCAUGUUCCUGUGCUGUUUGAUUACUUUCACCUGGCAGCUGUGUGUGUCACUGUGCAUGCAACACUGGUGGCUCUGCACCAGCCAUAUGUCAGCAAAGGGAAAGUGCAGGAUGAGGGCCCACGUCAACCACGGUCUCAAUGGCUGAGUAAGACUGCUGACCAGUCCACCCUGGAGAGUGUACUCUUUGGAAACAGGCCGACUGCAACUCCAGGAAACAAAUAUGAAGUAAGUCCUCGUUUGCGGCAUGGCCACAGGAUGCACAGGGAGAUCUGCAGCGUGUUACUGUCAGCCUACGAGAGCCUACAGAAGUCAGCAGAGGACCUGAUGAGAGUUAUACCAGAACAUCAGCAGCUGAAAUUAGAACAUAUAGAUUGCCAUGCCAAACUAGAGCGUCUGUGUGAGAUGCUGCAGGAGUUUGGAAACGAAGAUGACUUCCUGCAGACAGCCACUACAAACAUCAUUCAGGUGUGCGCGGAGAACGUGCUGCUGUGGACGCAGUACCUGGAGAUCUUCACCAUGAAUGAGAAGGUCACCGAGAAGUUAGCAAGAGAACACCACACAGUGAGGGUUAAAAGAUUUGCAGAGGGUUUUUUCACUUUAGAGAGCCAGAAGCAUGAAGUUCUGGCAUGCUAUGAACCAAGCAUUCAUGGACAUUCAGACUUGGUGGCCCUUGUGAAAUCUUCCCAGUACUUCUUGAAUCUCCCUCCACUGCCAGUAGAGUGCCAGGAGCUGGAUGGCGAUGCUUUAACUAUGCCAAUCAUAUUUGAAGAUAUUUAUACAGAUAUACAAUCAGAAAGUAUAACAGUUUUUACAGAUGUGGAUGACAUUGAUGUAAACAUGGAGUCCAAAAGAGAUGAAGGCAAAGCCAUUAAAAGGAAGGACAGUACCAAGUCUGGAGACUCGGGCUCUACUCAGAGUGUACAGAGUGGGGAUUCUGCCUCCAGCCCCCAAGCCAAACUACGACCAAAAUCACGAUUCAUCAAGAAUAUCAAGCCCGGUGCUUUCAAGAGACCUUCAUCUUAUUAUUCCUGUCAGGAGGCACAAGUGGUGCAGACACAGACCCCGGCCCCUCAGAGAGACUGUUCCUUGAUAGGGUAUAGGAAAGUAGAUACUCACAGUUCCCCGGUGAUAGAACUUGGCACCUUGAGUCCUGCGCCAGGCUCGCCAGCUCUGCCUGCUCACCAGGGGGCUCUGAUGGAUGGCUCCUGGAUAGGCUCCAGUUCCCUGCCUGAUCUCACUGAGGGCUUACACACACAAGACCACCUGAAUGACUCGCUAGGGCGGAGUGCCAGUUUGGAGGGCUCAAAUCCCAGACGCCAAAGAACAAAGAGCCCUCGAACUGACCCUGUAGAUCUACCUCCCUACAAUGUGAAAUCUAACUUGAUCUCAGAUCACCAGUCUGAUGAUUCUUCUGAUGACAAGAUUGACAGGACAGACCCAGUGAAUAUUAAUGGACUGAUUGGGGAUGACCUGUCCAGAGAUAGCAGCAGUCCAGAAGAUAGCAGGAUAAGUCAUACAGACAGCCAUCAGACUAGUGAAAAACACAAACUGACUAAAGAAGAUCUGGAUAUAUUAGCAGACAGUUUGACUAAAGCACUUGGCGAGGAAGAGUUACAAGAUAUACCACAUAUUAGGAAGGAUGGAAUGCAGACUUUACCCAAAGAUGUAACUGAUUCUGCCAUCCAAGGGUUGGCCAAGUUUGCCCAGGAUCACCCUGGUGGUGACCUGCAUGCUAAGGUCAAAGAUGGAGCCAGCAAAGAUGCUGAACCUCCUGGCAAGGAAUUGUCCACAGCUGUGCUAGCGGACAACACUUACAUGACACAAAAAUGUACUGUGAUGGAACUCUUGAAAGAGGAGUAUUCAAAAUCUCAUCUAGAGAGCAAAGAAUCUGUAGCAGACUCUGGUGUAGCGUCCAGCAGUGGUGGUGCCUUGACCUCUUCUGCUGGGAGUCUGAACCAGCUCUCAGCUGGCUCUUCAGUCUCCAGUACUGCACUGAUAUCUGGUGUAGACAGCUGCACUGAUCUCAGCCAGCAACCUGCUGCUCAAGUGGCGACAUCUAGUGGACAUCUGAUUCAUGCACAAAGCAGUAGUGACAUUCCUGAUGCUUUCCCACAUAGUACACGCAAAUCUCUAAGUGCAUCGAAAUCCUCACCUGAGCUGUGGAAGCUGGAUGAAGAAAGUCCACAAAGGUCUAAAAAACUGGUUGCAGUUGUACCUGAUUCUACUAUAAAUUUUAUUACUGCAAAGGAAGAGCUGAGGAAACAGCUGAGAUAUAGUGGGCUACUGUACAGUGACUUUCCAACUCAGGCAUCCACCAAUCCUUACUUUUAUGAGACAGAUGAGUCUACUGACACUGGGCUACAUUUGAUCAUUUGUGUACAUGGCUUAGAUGGCAACAGUGCAGACCUGCGUCUGGUGAGGACAUACCUGGAGAUGGCCCUGCCUGGAGCACGGCUGGACUUCCUGAUGUCAGAGAGAAAUCAGCCUGACACAUUUGCUGAUUUUGAGGUGAUGACAGACAGGUUGGUCCAGGAGAUCCUCUACUACCUGCAGAUGUUCUCUAUUAACCCAAAGAGAAUCAGUUUUGUUGGUCAUUCUCUGGGUAACCUGAUCAUUCGGUCAGCACUGUCACGUCCUGAGCUUAGCCAUCUUCUGCCCAAGCUACACACCUUACUGUCCUUGUCAGGGCCACACCUGGGCUCACUAUAUGGCAAUAGUGGACUGGUUAAUAUGGGUAUGUGGUUUAUGCAGAAGCUGAAGAAGUCUGGCUCUUUGCUCCAGUUGGCAUUAAAAGAUCACAGUGAUAUCAGGCAGACCUUCCUCUACAAGCUUAGCAAAAAACCAGGGUUGCAGUACUUCAAGAAUGUGUUGCUGGUGGGUUCCUUACAGGAUCGCUAUGUUCCCUACCACUCCUCACGUAUAGAACUGUGCAAACCCGCUGUCAGAGAUAGUUCUGUAUAUGGUGCAAUCUACACAGAGAUGGUGAACAACCUCCUGGCACCUGUGGUCAACACGCCCAAUACUCGCAUCAUCCGCUACGACGUCUACCACGCCCUGCCCAGCACAGCUAACACACUGAUUGGAAGGGCCGCGCAUAUUGCUGUGCUAGACUCAGAAAUCUUCAUAGAGAAGUUCAUCACUGGAGCAGCUCUGAAGUACUUGAAAUGAACUCCUGGCCACAACUGGGUGGAUGCGAGGCUUUCACAUAAACUGGACAUUACAGCUCAAUGUUAGAUAACAGGUUGUAGAUGUAACAGCUGUGAGAAGACGCGAAUGUGGUAUUGUACAUUAGAAACUCCCUGUGUUUUAACUUCUUGGGUUGUGUUGACAUUACCUCAUUAGCAUGCACUGAUAACCUGUAUUGUUACUAAUAAUAAUGGUAGCAAGCACAAUAGCUUAUUUAUAAUUUAUUUUAAAUUAACUUUUUGAGAACAAAAUCAUAUUUUCUGACAAAACGUUUAUAUCAUUUUGAGUUAAGCUUUUUCACAGCAUAUUGGCUAUCAACAUAGUUAUUGUAGAUUGCAACUAUCUUUUGGAGAAAAAAAAAGUGGCCUUAUUGUUACAUCAUCAUAGUCUUUCACAGAAUGAUGUCCAUCAGAACACUGACAUUAUACAACAUUGUGUAUAUAUCAUCUUUAAAGUAAGUUUUGAAGGGUAUUGCUCAGGUGAUUCUGUUCUACUGGAUGUAUUAAAUGUAGAACACAUUGUUUGAAGUGAUGUUAAAUAUAUAUUUUUGCAGCACAAAAUGCAAGCUAGCCUUGUAGCCUUUGUUGAAGCAUAAGGUGAUCAAAAAAAGAGGUUUGCUCGUUAGUUAUGCAUUUUAGGAAUAGACGUAUUCUUAAUCACUGCCUUCAAAUGAUUACAAUUACUAGAUUGUUAAUAAUUAUCAUCUAAAUCAAAACUAUAUGUCUAUGUAAUUGAUAAGAGAAGCACACAGUGAAAAUGUUUUUGAUAACUUUUUUCACCUCUUCUGAAGAAUUCUGAAAUGUUUUUCUUACUAAUGUAACAUAUGUAUAUUAUUUUCAGAUUUUUUUUACUUUCAUCCCAUUUGUAUUGUGUGAUUCUACUCUUUCAUUAUGGCCAUUAAUGACCAAAAUCCUGUGAACUGUUACCAUAUCUCACAACCUGGUGAGGUCACCCUGGAUGCGGGCUGUAUCUCACCAGCUGGUUGAGGUCACCUGGAUGGGGGCUGUAUUUCACCACCUGGUUGAGGUCACCCUGGAUGGGGGCUGUUUUUCACCACCUGGUUGAGGUCACCCUGGAUGGGGGCUGUAUUUCACCACCUGGUUGAGGUCACCUGGAUGGGGGCUGUAUUUCACCACCUGGUUGAAGUCACCCUGGAUGGGGGCUGUAUUUCACCACCUGGUUGAAGUCACCCUGGAUGGGGCUGUAUCUCAACACUUGGUUGAGGUCGCCCUGGAUGGGGCUGUAUUUCACCACCUGGUUGAGGUCACCCUGGAUGGGGCUGUAUCUCAACACUUGGUUGAAGUCACCCUGGAUGGGGGCAACAGCUGUGAUGAUCAAUUUACAGUCUUUGUGUUGUUUUAUGUAAUUAAUUUGACAAUAAGUGAAAUCCUUUUUAAAUUUGUUUGUGGUGUAAGAAUAAUGCUUUUAUUUUUUUUUGUAUAUAUUUAUAUAUGUAUCAUCAAAAUUUUUGUUUAGUUGCCUCCCCAUUCCAUGAAUCCAAACUUGCCUUUUUAUACAGGUGUUGAAAAGAAAAAUCAAACUUUGUAGUAUUAACUUUUAUACUUAUUUAUUUAUCUUAUUUGGAUAGACUGAAGAUUAACUGGAAGGCUGUGGUAUUGUUUGUUUUUCGUGCUACAAUCACCGUACUACAAAGAUGUCUGUUACUGUUGUGUGAAACUUUUAAUAUCCUCUCUGCAGUCUUUGUGCUUGUGCAAUUUUUGCCACAUGUAAUCAUGUCUUAUUUGAAAGAUGGCUUGCUGUGUAAAUAUGGCAGGCUUGUCACCAUGUAAAGAAGACUAUGAAGUAGUUUGUACCAAGUCUAACUUAUUGAAUAAAGAUUGUAUUUACAGUAAAAUCAUACUUUAUUGUUACUUAGAUCAAACGUGUACUGACAUUACAACAUGCUUUCUUUUUUAUUCUCUUUUAUUGAGUAU